CCCAAGUACAAUAAUAUUACAAGUCGCCUACUAUAUAUAGACCCUCAUGCCUCCCACCCUCUUCAAGCCAUUUCAAAUUAGGUGAUUUCCAUAUAGCUGCUUGUUCAAUAUCUCCGUAUAAAGUUACUACCAUGGAUGAUGUUAAGGUGGUCUGCAUGAAAGACCCCAACUUCAAUUUAACCAUCAAAGAUGGCAGGGCGGUUUUUGCUCGCGCUUCUUCAAAUGAAUGUCAGCACUGGUGCAAGGAUGAGGAAUAUGCCAAGGGAAGGGUGGACAAAUAUGGCCGCAAAGCAUUUGCUCUUGUUAAUAAUGGUACUGGUCAGGCCCUGAAACAUUAUCCAGUGGGUAAAUAUGUGGAGCUGGUGGAAUUCGAUCCCAGUGAUUUGGACGAGUCUCUACUUUGGACGGAUGGAUCUUCGUGGGGUAAAGGUUAUAGUCCUAUCUGGAUGAUUAACAAUCCUUUUAUGAAUUUGGAAGCUAAAGAUGGGGCUGUCUAUAGUGGCUCUACAGUUCAGAUAAUGAAUUGGAAUGGUGGUGGACCUAACCAGCUCUGGAAAAUUGUCCCCUAUUGAGGAGGAAGUUGCUAUGGCGUUGCCACUCGCCAUCUAUCUAUAUAUAUAGAUACGUAUGUAUGCUUGUGGUUUCCAUAAAUUUAGAAUAAAACCUUGGUGUGUAACAAAAUAGCUGUUACAACAGCAGGGGUGUGGACUGCACUUAUGCUGCCUUAUGCAUAAUAUUAUUAUAUAUAUACAUGGAAUAAUAACUCGUGUUUGCUUAUAUUA